UUCUUUAGUAAUCACGCAAUGAAAAGGAUAAUUAUAUUGCUCUUGUUUGGGAUCAAGGAAUUUACGACGGGUCGAGAUGUUCUAUGUACACGGAUAGAUGGAAGUCGUGGUUGUUGUGCAGGUACCAUUUUAAAUAGUGCACUGAAUAGAUGCGAAAAUUGCUCAACUGGCUAUUUUGGUCUAAAUUGUACGGAUAAAUGUUUGUAUCCUAGCUUUGGUGACAACUGUCAACAACACUGUUCCUGUGAUAACACUUCUUGUCACUUUGCAAAGGGAUGUCCACAAACAACAGAGAAGAUCGACACUUUAAGAAACUUUGGAGAAGCUUCAAAAUCUAUGACACGGGAAUUGUAUACAGACUGA